CGCUCUUCAUCGGGCUCGUUUGUCACGCAGCAGAGCCCCCUGCACCUCAGUGGUCCAACGUGGAAAACAGAAACGGCAGCCUCCGCCAGCACAGGACCUGCGUGGAGAAUGAGCAGUACCUCCAUCAAGGGCUCUGCUGCCUCAACUGCCUGGCUGGAACCUUUGUGCAGAAGCCCUGUGAAAGAGAUCAAGAUAAAGGGACGUGUGUUUCCUGUGAGCAUGGACAGACCUACACAGAACACUCCAAUGGGAUGACCCGCUGUUUGCCCUGCACUCACUGUCGCCAAGAUGAGAUUGAAACCAAGUCCUGCACCACCACUACAGACACCAGGUGCCAGUGCAAACCAGGUACCUUCUGUGUUCCAGACCAGGCCUGCGAAGUCUGCAAGCGUUGUGCCAAGUGUAAAUCAGGUGAGGAGGUGGUGAAGAACUGCACGCCUGUUUCCAACACGGUGUGCCGAACACGGGGUCCGUCUCCCACUGAAAGCGCCACGGAUCGUACCCCGCCGACUUCUACCUCUCCAACUAAUCACGUCAUCACAAUAUUUGUCAUCCUGAUCAUUGUCAUCUUCAUCGCCGUCAUUGCGUGGGCCUUGUGGUGGUUUGUAAUCAAGCAGCGUUCGUGUGAACUUCCAUCAGGGUCCAAGAACCACUGUGACUCCAGUGAAAUUGUCAAGAUUCCCAUUGACGAGAGUGGAGCCACAGCCGAGGAGAGACAGAAUGAUCAAAACGCCGGCCUGGAGGGCGAAGAGCCGCGCCCAGAGUCCCGGCCGCUGCUGCAGGAGACUCAGGCCGGGAUGACCAAGGCCUGCCCUCCCCUCGAGGAUGAGGACAGGGGACUUGGAGACAGUUUACCCAACACUACUAGUUCAUCUCAGACGAGUCUAUCAGCGCUGCCCACCGCAGCGUUCUCUGAGAACACCCCGCACCACAGCCCUGCGGCGGUCAGACUUCAGCCUGCAGACACGGUUGACCCUCUACGACAUCGCCUGCUUCCACUACUCGGGUCAGAGAAAUCCCUGAGGAAGAGCUUUGACUUAUUCGACGAAUUCUUGGAUGUGCGGAUCCACAACAAGUUCUUCCGGUCGAUUGGGAUCAGCGACAACCACAUUCGGAUCGCAGAGAGCGGCCACUCCGGUGAUAAGGUGUAUGAACUGCUGAAGAACUGGAUGCAGAGGCAGGGACUGAAAGCCGACAUCAGCGACCUGCUGGAGGCUUUGCUAAGUAUGGACCAGCGGCGCUCAGCUGAGUGCAUCGCCUCCGAAGCCCUCCGGAGGGGCUACUACAAACACUCGGACACGCCCUGAAGGCCGGGGACCGCUAAUGACGUCAACGCGUCAAAAAAACUGAAAGCACAUAAACUCCGUCAGUGGACGGAGCAUCUCAUGGACAGGCUUGCCUCUUUAUGGCUUGCCAGCUUUCCAUUUAAAAGCCAGUAGAUGGUUGUUUUUUUUUAAUUAUUAAAGAAAAGAAAAACAAAAGAAGUGGAAAGUGGAGCUGGACUGAUCGGUAGUUGGACAUUGUUGACUACUCACCAAAUGCUGAAGCUUAACCGUGAGAACAAAGCAGAGGUUUUUGGGAUCAGAUCAACACUUAAUCCGUUCUAGAAGCCACCACAAAACGUUUGCGUGUUCUCCGGUUGAGAAGCAACGUGCAGCCAAACACUGAAAGCACAGAAGUCUGGAGCCGAGUCGCUGGACCUCCAGCUGCGUCGUGAGACGCUACCAGGAGACGAGGAUAUACACUGGUUUGUAGGAGUGGCAUUAGUGACGUCACUGACUGUGCCCCUCUAAAGCACUGACCUCUGGCACAUGUAGGAUGAGUUUAAGCUUGUUUUUUUAGAUUUAAGCUUCAGUUCCUGGAUAAGUUUCUGACUGAUUGUUGGCAAAUACUUACAUCCAUCCUUACUAAUCACAGUUUUACCUCUUUGUUCUUCACUUAGGUGUAAAAUGUUUCAUCUUGUUCCUUCAGAAGUGAGUCAGCAUUAUGUUUGUUGGUGUAAACGUUCUCAGUCUUUUCUAUGUUCAGUGUUAUCGAGCUUCGUAGGAGUUUGACCAAACGUUUCUGCUGAGUCAGCUGUUCAGAGUUAGGUGGAACAUUUUCAUGAUGUUCUUAGUAACUUGGAAAAGUUCAAAGGUCAUUCUAUUUAUUGACAUAUUUAUUGAAAUUAUUGAUUAUUAUUUAUACCUUUGCCAAAACAACCCUGGUGGGAACGCACUGCUUGUGCCGUUGGGCUGCCGGGUGAAACGACUGACAUCUUUUCCAAGUUGUAGUUGAAUUUCCUUUUUGUUCGAUUCUGUUCCUGCUCACCAUACCGAGUUCAGUUCAGCACUAGACCCUCUGCGUCGGCGCGUCAGAGGUCCACGUGCCAUUUCUUCGCUGACUUCCGGCAAACGUUUUAGAGGCCUUGGUUGAUUACUAUUGUAAAUGUGCUAUAUUAAUAGCUUUAUCUAGACCAACGUGGUGUCUAAUGCAGAAUGUAUCGUGUCAAAUCGGAGCUAAAGUCAAACGUGUCAGUCUUCGGAAGUUGAAUCUGUUUUUAGUUAACUGACUGAAUAAAUACCGACGCGUGGAGGUGGCUGAGCGCAGGUACGGAUUGUUUUUGUUUUGGUCAGACUUGCUCAGAUGAAGGAAAUCUUUUCUGGAUUUUUAGAAAGAAAAAAAAAUGUGCUUUUAUUUUCCCAAACUGCCCCAUGUGUUUAGAUGUAUGACACACAGAGCAUGCAGACUUUACAUAGUGCAUGUUGUGUUUAAAGAAUGGAUAUUGUGUGGUAUAAAAUGUAUGAAAUUACAAACAGCCAACAGUUUUCUUUCUUUGCCAGUUUUUCUGAUAUUUGUAUAGAAAACAGAACUACAGAGUAUAUAUUGUUGCUGUGGAGUGAUGCUACAGUGCUGGCACUGCCAUCUAGUGAUACUUAAUGAAAUUACAGCCUGCAUCAGUUUCCAUUAACCUUCCCCUCUUUCACUUGACACUUCCUGUCUGCUGCAUCUGUAUUUCAGCAACAAAGUCUUUUGGCUUAAAGCAAAGUAGCAGUGGAAACAUUUCAAUGUAGAAGAAGAAAAUGUCUUUUCUGUAGCAGAUCUGAGGGGUGUGUGUGUGUGUGUGUUAAUAUAUACACUGCUCAUAAAAAUUAAGGAAGCACCUAAACAACACGAUGUACCUCCAAGUCGAUCAGACUUCUGUGAAAUAGCUAAUGGAAAAGAAAAAAGGUGGAAAUUAUAAGCAAUUAGCAAGACAUCCCCAAUAAAGGAGCGAUUCUGCAGGUGGUGACCACAGACCACUUCUCAGUGGGUCAGUAGUGGUGUGGGCUAGCCUUUCUUUGAGUGUUCGCACAGCGUGAGACCAUAUGCUGGUGCGGUUGGUCCUGGGUUCCUCCUAAUGCUAGACCUCGUGUGGCUGGAGCCGUUCUGCCAGACGAAGGCAUUGACGCUGUGGACCGGACCGCCCGUUCCCCAGACCUGAAUCCAACUGAGCACAACUGGGACAUCAUGUCUCACUCCAUCCACCAACGACAUAUUGUCCAGGAGUUGGCGGAUGCUAUAGUCCAGGUCUGGGAGGAGAUCCCUCAGAUGACCAUCCAUCAUCUCAUCAGGAGCAUGCCCAGGCGCUGUGGAGAGGUCAUGCAGGCUUGUGGAGGCCUCACACUUCUGAGCCUCGUUUUGACGUGUUUUCGGGACGUUACAUCCAAGUUGGAUCCACCUGUAGUGUUUUUCCACUUUCACUUUGAGUGUGACUCCAAAUUCAGACCUCCAUGGGUUCAUUCAUUUGAUUUCCAUUGAAAGAUUUAUUGGGAAUUUGUUGUCAGCAUAUUCAACUAUGUAAAGAACAAAAUAGUUCAUAUUUCAUGCGAUCAAAUCUUAGAUGUCUUGUUUUUGCGUUUCCGUAAUCUUUCCGAGCAGCGUGUUUUCUUUGUUUUUACCUACUUUUGCAAGUCUAAGCUGUUCAGUUAACUUUGACACGAUUUUGUUCACUGUUAAGCCAUUUGUCUCCUAGUUACUGUUUGCUUGUUAUGGAAUUCAGAUAUAAAUGAUGUAGAUGGAACGAAAGCUUUUUUGUUUAUUUCAAAUAAAUGUUUUGUACAGAUAA